AUGCGAACCCCCACUAGCAAUGUCAGCUGCACGCUCUCCGACAACCCCCCCUCGAGUCCCGACUGCUGCAUAUUUCGGGCAUCGCCAGCCCCACUCGGCCUUCUCUUCCUUCCCCCUCUUCAAUACCCUCGUACUGCUUCCCGGUGGUUUUUUAAUUUCCUCCCGGGGGGGGGGGGGGGGGGGGGGUGGAGGGGGGGGGGGGGGGGGGGGGGGGGGGGGGGGGGGGGGGGGGGGGGGAGGGGGGGGGGGGGGAGAUAA